GAUGUGAGUGCACCAUUAACCUUUGAGUGAGUGUGCUAUUAGCUAAAAAUUUUUAGGGCUAGGCUAUGGAUGUUUACUAAAUAUUUCUGCUUGACAGAUGUUUUUGAGUUCGUUGUAGUGAAUUACUCAUUCAUUAUAUUAUAACUGCGAGUUAACCUAAUCGCAAAGUACGACACUACUUCAGCAAAGUGUUUUUGCUCAAACAACUGAUCCUGAGUGCGAAACAUCCGGGGCACGGGUGUCACCUUUUUUUAUUAGUAUUAGUUAUAUAGUAAUAGUAAUACGAUUUGAAAAAAAGUGAUCAUAAUAAUAGUGCUGGCAACAAUAAUUAAUUGUGAGACCUCAAACUUGAAGUGAAUCAAAAUCUUUUGGUGUAUAGAAGAAAGAAAUAAAAAUGGCAAAGACUUAUGAUUAUUUAUUCAAAUUACUUUUGAUUGGGGAUUCUGGCGUGGGCAAAACUUGUGUAUUAUUUAGAUUUUCUGAAGAUGCGUUUAAUACGACCUUCAUAUCCACCAUUGGAAUUGAUUUCAAGAUCCGCACAAUAGAAUUAGAUGGAAAGAAAAUCAAAUUGCAAAUAUGGGACACAGCUGGUCAAGAAAGGUUUCGUACAAUAACCACAGCGUACUAUCGAGGAGCAAUGGGUAUAAUGUUAGUUUACGAUGUUACCAACGAGAAAAGCUUUGAAAACAUUAAAAAUUGGAUUCGCAAUAUUGAGGAGAAUGCUUCUGCGGAUGUUGAAAAAAUGCUUUUAGGUAAUAAAUGUGAACUCACUGAUAGGAGACAAGUCUCAAAAGAAAGAGGAGAACAACUUGCAGUAGAAUAUGGUAUCAAAUUUAUGGAAACAUCCGCUAAAUCUAGUAUCAAUGUUGAGGAAGCUUUUUAUACUUUAGCACGUGACAUAAAAGCUAAGAUGGAAAAGAAAUUGAAGGAGGCAUCGAAUCCGCCAAAAGGAGGAGGUCAUCAGUUGAAAGCAAUGGAACCACAAAGAAAACCUUCCAGUUGGCUUGCACGUUGUUCUAUACUUUGACCCAUCAAAAUUGUUGUUGAAUUCAUCCGUAAGGCACGAUCAUUUGCGACGAACUCUAUAAUGAUUAAUAUUAUUAUUAAUUACUUCUAUUUACUUAUGUUCUCUUUAUCGGACAAAAUUUAUUGGCAACAAUUAAAUGGACAUUUCUUCAUAUCGAGGAUUCGUCGCUUUUAUGCCUUGACAUUGAACCACAUUUGUGUUAAAACAAAUACGACGAUCGUCUAGAAAUAAAUACGUAUAAUUGGAAUUAAUUUUCCAUCACUUCUCAGCGCAGUAUUUCACAACGCUCAGAAUUCAUUUUUGGUUCACUGUUGACUUCAGAAUUUUUGGACACCUUUAUUCUAAUUGACAUUGAGAAAUUACCCAAAUUUUUUACAUUUGUUACCUUAUAAUAUUGGAGAGAUAAAAUUUUAGUUAGUUCACGCGAAAACAAUGAACUAAAGGAUAGAGAACUACGAACGAUAUCAUAUAUGAUAUAAUAUAUAUAUAAAUAUACAUAAGUUUUAAAAUAAAUCGAAAUACCUUCUUGAUUAUGACUUUAAAAUGUACGAAAAAAGUUAAGGAUGGAUUUUUUAACAUCUUUUUAUUUAAAAAACAAUUUCACACGAGCUUAUAAGAUUUAAAAAUCCCUCCUUCCCCCUACACAAUCCAAUUUUCUCAUAUUUUGCAAUUAAUUUCAAUCAUCUAGAGUAAAUAAAUAAAAUAAAUUAAUGAUCAAAAAUAAUUAAAAUGUACAUAAUGACACGUCUAAAAAAAUAUAAAUCUCCAAAUUUAAUUAAAUGGUAAUAAAUGUUUUUUAAGCUAAAUAAAUUGUUUUUAUAUAUUUUUUAAGAACAUUGAUAUGGAAAAAUUAAUGAUGUUUAAAAUGAGACUAUAAUUCAGCAGUGGUGAUGAUGAUGAUGAUGAUGAUGAAGAUUACCAUCUUCUUUUGAUCGAAAAUAAGAAAUGUAAUAAUUAUUAUUAUUAUUAUUAGGCAUGCCGAUUUUUUUUACACAAUAACGAAGCAAUCAUACCGUGAAAGCGGUCUAGUUUAAUUAAAAUUAAAACGUGACAUGGGCUUCGUAUUGAGCUCCAUCGGGAUGGGUAGAAGUUGGAGCAAUUUAUUGUUUGGGUUUCACAAUAAUUUGAAAGCGCAUCAAUUAAUCAACAUCUUUUUUUAUGAAUACCCGAUAAAACAAAAUUGUUUCGACGAUUUAAUCGAAAAUUUACAAAUAAUUAUAAUACAUUUUAUAUAUUAAUCUUCAA